GCGCACGCACACACAUGUCGUAGUCCACUCCACGUCCGCUCUCGGAAUAGACGUCGACAUUUUCAGUUUUUAUGAAUUUGUGAUUCGUGUCACUUAAUAAUUAUUUUAGUCAAAAAUGGAACCACAUUGGCAUGAACCAAAAUGAUCAGCUUGGGAAGGCUGAACUAGGUUAGAAGCCAAACGUUGACCAGAAUAGUUGCAACUAUUGAGGUUAGACUUGGACAGUCCCAUUCUUCAUCGCAAUGUAUACUUUAUUAUCUGGGUUAUAUAAAUACAUGUUUCAAAAGGACGAAUACUGCAUUUUAAUCCUUGGAUUGGAUAACGCUGGAAAAACGGGAUCAAAAAUGCCUCAUCUCCGUAGGGGUCUGACUUAUUCUGGAAAAGACCCCGCAGAUAUCAGUCAGAUUCACAGAUAAGGUUCUUCGUGGGAGGAGGAGGGGGCCCUUUGCAUCUUAGUGGACGGUGGUUUCAGGCGAGGGGGAUGGGAGGAAGAUCUUGGCAUGGUGUGCGUUGGAUUCCAAUAUUGACAAUCGUCUUCAUCCUGUCCGUCACACCUAGCAGAGAAUUUAGGCUAGUAGAGAAUUGUUUAGAAGACCCAGAUGAAUCUGUCUGCGCCUCAUGUCACCUUAUCUCCUGUUCCUCUGAUUGUUUGGGAACAACUGCAUCACCAAGACCUUUUUGGAACAAACCAAAACAAAGUUCAGCAAGAACUAUAAGGGAAUGAAUUUGUCCAAGAUCACAAGUACAGUUGGACUGAACAUUGGAACUAUUGAUGUGGGCAAGGCUCGUCUAAUGUUCUGGGAUCUGGGAGGCCAAGAGGAGCUUCAGUCUCUUUGGGACAAAUACUACGCAGAGUCCCAUGGAGUUAUCUAUGUGAUAGACUCAACUGAUGAAGAACGACUUUCAGAAUCAAAGGAAGCCUUCGAGAAAAUGAUCAGCAGUGAUGUGUUAGAAGGCGUCCCGCUCCUGGUGCUGGCCAACAAACAGGACAUAUUGAACUGUUUGUCCGUGCCAGAUAUUAAAACAGCCUUCAGUGACUGUGCACCAAAGAUUGGCAAACGAGAUUGUUUAGUCCAGCCGUGUACUGCUCUCACGGGGGAUGGAGUGAAUGAAGGCAUCGAGUGGAUGGUGAAGUGUGUGAUCAGGAACAUUCACCGGCCGCCCAGGCAGAAGGACAUCACAUAGAAGGCCAUCUCGUCUCUUUACUCGGAUCUUGGACUUUAUCAUCAAGGACAUUCCUAACAAAUCUUGGAGCUGAAAACUCUCCCCUCGUGUGUCUGCUGUGACUUUGAGCAGCUUGAUUAUUUUCUGGUUUAGGAAUUAAGGACAGAGUAUCUCUGACUGGUACAAGGAUUCUAAACUGUUGUAUGGACUGUCUUUGCCCACAUUUGAUCGCUUUUGUAAGCUGCUGCUGCUGCUUCUUCUUGUAAACAUUCCUAACUGCCUAUUGUCAUAUCAGAAUGAGCCACUGUCUCAACAGACUGAACGAGAGCUGAAGAUGGCUUGCUCUCUUUGACGAUGCAACGUAAAAAAAAAUAAAAAAAAAAAAACGUUUUUUUGUUUGUUUGUUUCCUGAAAAGUGAGAUUUGGAGAUUUACCCAACGACAAGCCAGCGACAUGUUAAUUUAAAAAAAUAAAUAAAAUGAAAAAGGGGUAAUUGCGAUGUUUUUGUAUUUUGCUUCAACUUGAGGAAUGAAUACCUGCAACGUUUUAAAAUGGGUAAUUAUGUCGAAUUGUAUAAACAUGUUCAAAUGUAAAGAUCUCUCAGCAGUCUUGUUAUCACGUCUCCCACAUUUUUUUCUGCCCCACUCUGUCAGGAGGAAAAUAGUUGCACAAAACCACUGAGCACAUGUUUGUUUGGAUGUGGAACACUUAUUUCAUUUUGUUGCCCUGCACAUUGUAUUUGCCUUUGCUUUGGCAGUUGGAGUUAAGUGUGAACAUGAAUAAAACAAACACCAUGCAGUUUGUCUGGUGUCAUGAAAAUAAAAAAUCUUCUGUCAUGUAAGAUGAA